CCCGGGCCGCCGGCGGCGGCGGGGACGUCCGCACGGAGGGCUACGAGGAGCUGGAGCUGCCACAGAAGGGCGGGAUGGGCGGCGGCGGCUGGGCCGAGACCUCGCUGCAGGAGAAGAGCUUCGGCGGCGGCACGCCCGACUCGCUGCCCGAGCGCGAGCGCCCGAAGCUGCGCCACAUCGACAAGUACGUGCGCGCCGAGCUGCCCUGCCUCAGCAAGCGCUACACCGUGGCCGUGCUCACCUGCGUGGGCUUCAUGAUCUCGUUCGGGAUGCGGUGCAACAUGGCGAUGGCCAAGCUGCAGUUCCAGAGGAUUAACGAAACGGACGAAGCCGACCACGGCCUGGGAGUUUUGAACAACGCAACAAACACAGCAGCGCACCUGCCGACCGGAAGGGACUUGCCGCAUAAAAAAUGGUCUGUGGCCACCGAGAGCAUGGUAGACUCGUCCUUCUUCUGGGGCUACCUCCUCACGCAGGUUCCGGGCGGCUUUCUCGCCUCCAAGUACCCGGCCACGCGCAUCUUCGGCCUGGCCAUCGUCACCUCCUCCGUGCUCAACUUACUGGUGCCGGGCGCCACCGAGAUCCACCCGACCUUCGUCAUCCUGGUCCGCAUCUGCCAGGGCCUGGUCGAGGGCUUCACGUACCCGGCAUGCCACGGCAUCUGGCGGCAUUGGGCACCGCCACUGGAGCGCUCGCGGCUCGCCACCCUGGCCUUCUGCGGCUCCUACGCGGGCAUCGUCAUCGGCAUGCCGCUGUGCGGCUUGCUCACCAGCGCCAUCUCCUGGCGGGCCUCGUUCUACGCGUACGGCAUCCUCGGUGUCAUCUGGUUCGUGAUAUGGCUGUGGAUGGCAUUCGAGCGCCCUUCCAAGCACCCGUUCAUCUCGCUCAGCGAGCUCAAGUACAUCGAGGACUCGCUGGGCAGCACGACGCAGCAAUCCGUGCCGACCAUCGCCACGACGCCCUGGUCCUCGUUCCUCACGUCGAUGCCCGUGUACGCCAUCAUCGUGGCCAACUUCUGCCGUUCCUGGAACUUCUACAUGCUGGUGCUCUUCCAGGCGUCCUUCUUGCAGGAGCGCUACAACCUGGAGAUAGCAGAGACGGGCUUCCUCGGCUCGCUGCCGCAUCUGGUCAUGACCAUCAUCGUGCCCUCCGGAGGCCACCUGGCCGACACGCUGCGUAAGCGCGGCAUCAUGUCCACCACCAUGGUGCGCAAGCUCUUCAAUUGCGGCGGCUUCGGCAUGGAGGGCUUCUUCUUCCUCAUCGUGGCCUACUCCACGACGGCCAAGGGCGCGACAUGGGCGCUCACCUUCGGCGUGGCCUUCAGCGGCUUCGCCAUCUCAGGCUUCAACGUCAACCACCUGGACAUCGCGCCGCGGUAUGCGUCCAUCCUCAUGGGGAUGUCCAACGGCAUCGGCACCAUCGCCGGCCUCAUCUGCCCCAUCGUCAUCGACAACCUGACCAGCGACAGGAAAUCGGAGAGCUGGACUCCCGUGUUCAUCUCGGCCGCGUGCGUCCACUUCUGCGGCGUCAUCUUCUACGGGAUCUUCGCGAGCGGGGAGCUGCAGCCGUGGGCCGAGCCGCCCCCGGAGGAGGCGGGGAUGGGGGCGGAGGCGCUGCCCGGUCCCGGAGCCCCGGGAGGAAAGUGGGACCCCAUGGAGGGCAGCGCGCCGCCCCCGCGACCCGCCGUGCCGCCACCGCCCUACUCGCAGGCCGUCGCCGCGCCGGACGCCACACAGCCCUUGGCCCAGUCCACCAACCCCUUCGCUUACGGCGCCGUCGCUCAGGGCGGGUCCACCAACCCCUUCAGCUCCUCGGCACUUAACGCGGCCUGGGACACGGCCCCGGCUCAGGACGCGUACAUGUCUGCGCCGCAGCCGGUCCAGCCCGAGGCCACCGACUCAUAUAUGCACGGCUCUGUCCACGACAGGGCGUACUGAACGCACAGUCGCACUCCCUUAUCAAGUUUCAUUUAAUUUCAUCAAAUUCUUAUUUUUCUCGUUGUACGGUUUCGUGCCGACGUUAAGGUUAGUUUAUGUGUGUUUGCGGGCGAUUAAGUUUUGUUAGGUAUUGGGUAAACGUAGAAGAAAAGAAAGUAACUAUUUUUAUGUUGCCUUUCAGCCUAAAUAAGUAGAUGUUGAAGCGAAAAGAUAUCAGUAGACAUGAUUUAAUCACUAUACGUAUCUUCCGAAAGAAAUAUUGAAUAGCAGUUUUUUGAAACAUGAUUGGCUUAUCAUUGAACUCAAAACGCUAAGUCACCCAAACAAGAACAAUACAAUUCAAAAUAAAAUAAGCAUCUACUUGUUAAAAAUGUGCAAAAACGUAAAAGUUUAAAGUGACAAAGCCUUUUGAGGUAAAACUAAGCUUCCAAAUUUUAUACAAUUCAGCAUCAAAUAUCAUAACUAACCUGCAGGUAAUGGUUAUGAUUUUGGCAGUAAAAGUUAUUCAUGUUUCAUUGAUGGUUUCCGUAGAUGCAGUGUUAUAAAAUUAUUACAUACUGUAUAUUUGUAAGAGUGAUGUAUAUGUUCGUGUUCAUGGUUAUGUAGAUUCCCUAUGGAAUGCGCCCGGAGCGUAUCCAAUGUUAAACUUAUUAAUUCAAAUGUUCUUCUAUGACCUAAGUCAAUUUGUUGUGUGUUGGGCCAUGGGUUGUGUUCUUAGAGCACGCACUACGGCCGAGAAAAUGUUCUCUCUGAUGUACAUAAAAAUGCUAAAACUUCUUUCUCUCUUCCUUAAUAGUAAUGAUACUCUUCGCGCUACAAGUCAAUUUUGAGACGUUCGGCCUUUUUGAUCGCUAUUACUAAAAUUGCAGUAGAGUAGUACAUACUUGAGCAAUAGUGGCAAAAAAAGUCACUGGUUAUCACGUGGCAAAAUCAAUGUUCUUUUAAACCAUGCGAUCUGAACUUCUUUUCUGAACUUUGAAUGACUUAUAGAUUUAGUGAGAUGGCGAAAUGUACUUAUUUUGUUUAAUUAUAUUUAAAUAAAAAUGGCGUUAAAGCCUUAUUCAUUUCCCGGCCCAAUAAUCGAACUUCAGGAGCCGGAACCAGAUGAAAACCUUUGGAAUGAAGAGUAUUUUAUGUUCAAAGCAAUUUUUAAAUGAAGACGAAAGUCUUCAUCAGGCUGUGUUGACAAUAACUAAUUUUAGGCUUUAGCUCGUAAGCGAACGUAUGAUUGAAAGGGCACACUAUCGGCAACUAACGCGCCAUAGUACGACUCUCUAGAAUGCUUGUGUGCAUAUUGCGUGAACUUCUAGCAGUGUUCUGAAAUAUUUCGACGUCAACGUGGAAAAUAUCUACUGAAAAGGGAAUCCACUAGAUUUAAAUCAGAACUCAGCAUGUGUGAAUCGGGUAAAAAUGUAUCAUAUUAAAAACACCGUUUUCAAAUCGGUGGUGUAAGCAGCCAAAGUUUUCCAGAGACGAAGCAAACGUAGACUGGAUGAAUACUAUUUUCUCCUUCACAUGUCAUAUCUUCGUUCACCCUGUUCUUUGGCACAAUUUUGACUGCAACCAUUAAAAACGGAGGAAGAAUAAAUUUAAAGGGUUGUGUGGUCGUUAUUUAAAGAUGAUAAAAGGGGGAAAGUUUUGGAAAAGUAAUAAAAUAAGGCGUUGAUAUGAUCAAUGCCAUUGUUAGUUCACACAACGUAACGACUGAGAUACCUAAAUCCCCCAGAGUAGUUUCCUCGGGUAAAUCUCCUAUUUUUGAAUUUUUACUUAGAUGGUUAGUUUUUGCCUUUGCACUGCAUAGUUGCUUUCUGGUAAGCACUUAAUUACUUGCUUUUGAAAUGGACAAAUAUCACAAAAAGCACGCGAAUUUUUGCACAUUUGGCACUCUUUCUAGCACCUCUGCACGCUGUUUUGCACGCCCAAUUAGAACACACUUGCACUUUACUACUUUGCACGCACAAGUUACUGCACUCCACAUUUGCACGCACAAGUUUUAGCACGCGCCACAUUUGCACGCAAUAUAAGGGGGUUGGCCACAAUCACUGUGGCCUACCUCCCACACUUUUUGGUAUAUAUUAGUUUGUCACAUUUUGCACUGAUUCGCACGUUGCACAAAACCUCGCACAUUUUAAAAUUUAGCACGUUGCACCUGCACUUUAAAAAGUAGUCGGUAGAGGCAUCUUCGUUUCUUUUUUUGAUAAUUAUUUUUCGCCAGCUACUUUUAACUUUCUUUCCUUAUGUUUUUGCACAUUUCCUGCUUUUGCAACUGCACUUGAGCACCUUGCAUAAAGACAUGCACGCAGGAUAAACAGAUCUCAUUUUGUCUGAUGAAAUACGACGCACCCAAAAGGUUUUGACGAAGGAAUAUUUGGUAGUAUGUAAAAAUAUGUAGCAAAUUGUUGAAAGUGGUAUACGUGUAAGAGGUAAAUGUGUAUGGGAUUGAGGGCGCAAAAGAUAAUCUACAAUACAUAGCAGGUGAAGUCAUUGGACAAAUGUAAUAUACUGAUGGAGCCCUCGUUAUAAUUGCUUCUGUUGUGAGGUUUGAGCAACAAUAAUUUAAUCGUUACUCGUAAUCGUUUCAUUGUUCGUUAGUUCGUAUUGGUACCUGUGAGUGGAAAUAUCACGAAGGAUGCUGCUACCACGAUGUUCGUGAAUAUUUCACAAACAGUUGUUUUAUUGUUUUGUUCUCGAAGACUAAUUGCGUCUCGAAUGGAAUCUGUAAUUUCCUGUACUCCAUACUGGGGAAAUUAAGGGAAUUAAUAUGUGAACGUAGAAUUUGAAAUAACAGCUAAACCUUAGCUAAAAAUUAAAGCACCGGUUAUGCAAAUUAUUCAAAAAUAAGUGUUAUAAGUCAUAAUAAAUAACCCGAUUUCACAUAUUCACAGUCUUUCGAUUUCAGAUUUAUUGUUAGAAUGAAAAUGUACCGACUAAAUAAGAUGUAAGGCACUAAUUUAUGGCAAUACAGGAGGUGUGCUACUAGUUCAUAUUUAUUGGCGUUAUAAAAGUCACUACUGAGAAGAUAACUACUCUGUUGAGUUUGUGACUCAGCACGUUUUUCUGUAAACUGUGGGAAACCAUAAACAAAUAAUUUCCUUCUACUGUGUAAACAACUUUCUUUAGUUACAUGUUACUGUCGUCGUAAGUAUAUCCUUGUAACUAAUUUUUCUGAAAUCUCAAGGAUUAGAUACACAGUAUCCAGAGAUGUCGAAAGCAAUAAUUGCCCUAAUGUAAAUCGAUAAUGAUGUACUUGAUUGUUGUAAAAGGAUGCUUCAAGGCGAUACUUCACUUUGCGGAUGUGCGUCUUAACACCACAGUCGCAUUAUGUAAAACGACAGCAUAAGUGAAAUCAAUAAAGAUAAUUAUCUUCGCGGGUUGA